CUGUUGCCAUGGAAACAGGGCCGGUCCAGGUGGAGCCACUGGCUGGCAUCUUGUCGGUCACGUGGGUGUCUCUGGCGGAGGAGCCGUGGAGAAAGUGUCUCAACAGUGACAUUAAGAGAGUUGACGGAGAAGCUGCUCAGCCUCGAUUUGUCCGGUGAACGACAGGGACACAAGGGGCAGCGGGGCAGCGCUGCUCUUCACCUGGACCGCGACGGAACACCCAGCCGGCUUUGACUCGCAGUGGACGCGGGUCUUCUGGGGACGCGGAGCAUGUUUGCGGGCGCUUUCUGGAGGGAAACGCAUCUCGAGUCCUGUCGCUGACGGUCGACGGUGUUUUUGUCUGCUGCGGUCUGUUGUGUUAAACUGACAGUUUUCCACACGGGUUUUGGCAGAAGGCGCAUCCCGUGGCAUGGCCCUGAAGCGCUGAUGCCAGGGUGUCUGAGCUCCUUCGGAGGACCGGGGCAGUCAGUCGGAGGAGGAACACCCAUGAAAAAUGAUGCAUCAUGGAAUGUGGUCGUCUAAACUUUGAGCAACAAUUUCAUGUCGCGCAGAGAGACAGCAUGGGAAGCAGCGGAGACGAGGACAGAGCAGACUAACGUCGAGAUAAAGAGCCCGUCUCGUUGUGUUGUGAAUGUCUGACUCUUCUGUUCGUGGACGACACACGCACCUAAAGGACUUCGAGGACGGGAACACAGUGUGUGUUGUGAUGCUUCUUCUCCAUUUCUUUUCUAGUGUCAGUUUUGGUUUCUCCAGCAAAAUCUGUGCUAUCCCAGUAUGGCUCGCUUUGAAGACGAACUGUCCAGCCGCUAUGGAGGCAGCUGUCCCGCGGGCCCGGCCAGAGGGGCCAGCCGGCCGCCGGGCCCUCCGGGGGGUCAGAGGAUGUACAAGCAGACGAUGGCCCAGAGAGCCAGGACCAUGGCCAUUUACAACCCCAUCCCUGUCAAGCAGAACUGCCUCACCGUCAACCGCUCUCUGUUCAUCUUCAGCGAGGAUAAUAUCAUACGGAAGUACGCCAAAAAGAUCACCGAAUGGCCUCCAUUUGAGUACAUGAUCCUGGCCACAAUUAUAGCAAACUGCAUUGUGCUGGCCUUGGAGCAACACCUACCGGCCUCAGACAAAACACCGAUGUCAGAGCGUUUGGACGACACAGAGCCCUACUUUAUUGGAAUAUUUUGUUUUGAGGCUGGCAUCAAGAUCAUCGCCCUGGGCUUUGCCUUUCACAAAGGCUCCUACCUGCGUAAUGGCUGGAAUGUAAUGGACUUUGUGGUGGUCCUAACAGGGAUCCUGGCCACUGUGGGAGCUGAUUUUGAUCUAAGAACACUGAGGGCAGUGAGAGUACUGCGGCCACUCAAACUGGUCUCUGGCAUUCCAAGUCUUCAGGUGGUAUUGAAGUCCAUUAUGAAAGCUAUGGUACCUCUACUGCAGAUUGGCUUGUUGCUCUUCUUUGCCAUCCUCAUGUUUGCCAUCAUUGGCCUCGACUUCUACAUGGGCAAAUUCCAUCGCACUUGCUUCAGGAUAGACACAGGUGAGCAGGCAGCAGAUUUCCCCUGUGGCUUGGAGCCUCCAGCCCGGACCUGCAGCAACGGCACCGCCUGUAAGGAGUACUGGAUCGGACCCAGCUUCGGUAUCACCAACUUUGACAAUAUCCUCUUUGCUGUUCUCACCGUUUUCCAGUGCAUCACCAUGGAGGGAUGGGUGGACAUCCUCUACAAUGCCAACGAUGCUUCAGGGAACACGUGGAACUGGCUGUACUUCAUCCCCCUCAUCAUCAUUGGCUCCUUCUUCAUGCUCAACCUAGUGCUAGGUGUGCUGUCAGGUGAGUUUGCCAAGGAGAGAGAGCGGGUGGAGAAGAGGCAAGAGUUCCUGAAGCUCCGAAGACAACAGCAAAUAGAGAGAGAGUUAACUGGGUAUCUAGAGUGGAUCUGCAAAGCAGAGGAGGUGAUGCUGGCUGAGGAAGACAAGCAUGCAGAGGAGAAGUCUCUGGAUGGAGCAUGGUACAAACGCAAACACACCAACUCUGUGCUUAAAAGGACCAAAAAGAGCAAGAAUGACCUCAUCAACGCUGAGGAAGGCGAGGACCACUUCACUGACAUCUCAUCUGUUGCCCCCCCAGGGUCGCCGUUCGCCCGGGCCAGCGUGAAGAGCAAGAACGAGAACUCGUCUUACUUCAGGAGGAAAGAGAAGAGGAUUCGCUUCACCAUCCGCCGUCUGGUCAAGUCCCAGAGCUUCUACUGGACUGUGUUGUGCCUGGUUGGCCUCAACACGCUGUGCGUGGCCAUAGUACACUAUGACCAGCCUCUGUGGCUCACCUAUGCACUAUACCUGGCUGAGUUUGUAUUCCUGGGCCUGUUUCUGGCAGAGAUGUCCAUGAAAAUGUAUGGCCUGGGACCCCAGAACUACUUCCACUCCUCGUUCAACUGUUUUGACUUUGGGGUGAUUAUUGGCAGUAUUUUUGAGGUGAUCUGGGCUGCCAUUAAACCCGGGGCCUCAUUUGGCAUAAGUGUCCUGCGGGCUCUGAGACUGCUCAGGAUCUUCAAAGUCACCAAAUACUGGAACUCUUUGAGGAAUCUGGUGGUAUCUCUGCUCAACUCCAUGAAGUCUAUCAUCAGCCUGUUGUUCCUCCUGUUCCUCUUCAUCGUGGUCUUUGCUCUGCUGGGCAUGCAGCUGUUUGGUGGCCAGUUUAAUUUCGAAGACGAAACGCCAACAACCAACUUUGACACCUUCCCUGCGGCAAUUCUCACCGUCUUCCAGAUCCUAACAGGGGAGGACUGGAACGCAGUCAUGUACCAUGGGAUUGAAUCACAGGGGGGUGUCCACGGGGGAAUGUUCUCCUCCAUUUAUUUCAUCGUUCUCACUCUCUUUGGAAACUACACUCUCCUCAACGUGUUCUUGGCCAUCGCUGUUGAUAACCUCGCAAAUGCCCAGGAGCUCACUAAGGACGAAGAGGAGCAAGAGGAGGCCAUCAAUAAGAAGCUUGCACUGCAGAAGGCCAAGGAGGUAAAGGAGGUCAGCCCCAUGUCGGCCGCUAACAUUUCCAUCACAGCUUUUCUAACACGCAGUCGAGGUAACGCGCACUCUAGCAGCUCAUCCAUCUGCAGCGUUAACUCACUGAGUUAUGUCUGCACCCCAGUCCAUCACUACCUGAGUAAGGAGCAGCAGAAGUCAGUGAAGGCGAUGUCAGUGUGGGAGCAGAGGGCCAACCAGCUGAGGAGGCAGAACCGGGCAAGCUGCGAGGCCCUCUACUGUGAGCUGGAGCCUGAGGAGCGUCUCCGAAUGUCCUCGGCCCUCCACAUCCGGCCCGACAUGAAGACCCACCUUGACCGGCCGCUGGUUGUUGAACCCCGUGAUGGGCCUUUGCUUGGUGGCCACCAGCACCACCAUCACAAGUCCUGCGUGCCAGAGGAUGCUGAGACCGCUGCCGACCCUCCUCCUCCUCCUGUGCCUCACCAGCCCCGUCGCCACCACCGCCACAGAGGGAGGGACCGUACCAGGAUGAGAGAGGAGACAAAUGAUAACGGCGACGCGAGUAAGGACGGGGGGCACCACGUGCAUCACAGCCGUUCCAAAGAUCACGAUGGCAGUAACAGCAAAGAGGGGGAGAACGAAAGGUCCCGCAGCCAAGAGGGGGGCAGGAGGCAUCACCAUCAGAACUCAGUGGACGACAGCGGAGGUGGAGGAGUCACGAGCGAGAGAGAGCAUCGGCAUCAUCAUUCACACAAGCAGUCCCGAGGGGGCAACGGGACUGUGAACGGUCGAGGGAGGGGAGAGCGGAGACCCCGCCACAAAGAUGGACGUUCAUCUCACAGGGAUGGGGAUAAGAUUUCUAAAGGAGACAGUGGUGUCAAUGGAGAAAGGAGGAGGCACAGGAACCAUGGAUCCAGAGGCCAAUCCACAAUGGAAGGAGAAGAGUCCACUGAGCGAGAGAAGACGCACAGUCACAGGGACCGGUUUGGUGACUCAGAGGGGGAGUCGCUAGCCCUCUCCCCCCAGCAGGGCUCUGGGGGGGGCAACUGGCCCCCUGACCAACCAGAGGACUCAGACAACCAGAGGAACGUCAGACGAACUGGCCAGACUUCCAUCCACAUACCUCCUGUGACUGUCACCUCCCCGCCUGGAGAGACCACCCUCAUUCAACUGAACAGCAUUGACUGCGAGACGAUGCCCAUGAAUGAGAAGAACCUGGAGGAUCUCGGUCCAAGUGGACCCAAACCCAUCCUGCCUUAUAGUUCCAUGUUCAUGUUUGGACAGACAAAUCCAGUGAGACGGUUAUGUCACUACAUUGUGACUAUGCGUUAUUUUGAGAUGUCCAUCCUGGUGGUCAUUGCCAUGAGCAGUAUCGCUUUGGCAGCGGAGGAUCCUGUCUGGACCAACGCCCCUCGAAACAAUGUGCUCAAAUAUCUGGACUAUGCCUUCACUGGUGUUUUCACCUUUGAAAUGGUGAUUAAGAUGGUGGACCUCGGCCUGCUGCUUCAUCCUGGAUCCUACUUCAGAGACCUGUGGAACAUUCUGGAUUUCAUAGUGGUCAGUGGGGCGCUGGUGGCUUUUGCAUUUUCGAGCUUCAUGGGAUCGCAACAAAGUGUGACCAGGGGGACCAAAGGCAAAGACAUAAGCACUAUCAAGUCACUGAGGGUUCUCCGUGUGCUCAGGCCUCUUAAGACCAUCAAACGUCUGCCAAAACUCAAGGCGGUGUUCGACUGCGUGGUCAACUCUCUGAAGAACGUGCUCAACAUCCUCAUCGUUUACAUCCUCUUCAUGUUCAUCUUCGCUGUCAUAGCAGUUCAGCUCUUCAAAGGAAAAUUCUUCUACUGCACAGAUGAGUCCAAGGGCCUGCAGAAGGACUGCAAAGGACAGUUCCUAGACUACGACAAAGAAGAGGUGGCUGCCAUGCCAAGAGAGUGGAAGAAAUAUGAAUUCCAUUAUGACAACGUGCUGUGGGCCUUUCUAACCCUCUUCACUGUCUCCACUGGGGAGGGCUGGCCAACUGUCUUGAAGCACUCUGUAGAUGCCACCUUUGAAGACCAGGGUCCCAGUCCAGGCUACCGGAUAGAAAUGUCCAUCUUCUAUGUGGUCUACUUUGUGGUCUUCCCUUUCUUCUUUGUCAACAUUUUCGUCGCCCUGAUCAUCAUCACCUUCCAGGAGCAGGGCGACAAAGCCUUGUCUGAGUGCAGCUUGGAAAAGAACGAGAGGGCUUGCAUUGACUUUGCAAUUAAUGCCAAACCUCUGACACGCUACAUGCCCGAGAACACACAGUCCUUCCAGUACAGGAUGUGGAAGUUUGUGGUCUCAGCUCCGUUUGAGUACUCCAUCAUGAUCAUGAUCGCUCUCAACACUGUGGUACUCAUGAUGAAGUUCCACGGAGCUCCAGAUUUCUAUGAAGUGAUGCUGAAGAACCUCAACAUAGUCUUCACCACUCUCUUCUCUCUGGAAUGUAUCCUCAAGAUUAUUGCUUUUGGUCCUCUGAACUACCUAAAGGAUGCCUGGAAUGUGUUUGACUUUGUGACCGUGUUGGGCAGCAUCACUGACAUCCUGGUGACUGAAAUCAAUGACAGGCUGCUGAACUUGAGCUUCCUGAGGCUGUUCAGAGCUGCUCGACUCAUCAAGCUGCUGAGGCAGGGCUACACCAUCCGCAUCCUGCUGUGGACCUUCGUCCAGUCCUUCAAGGCCCUGCCUUAUGUUUGCCUGCUGAUUGCUAUGCUGUUCUUCAUUUAUGCCAUCAUUGGGAUGCAGGUUUUUGGCAACAUUGAUCUGAAUGAGGACACUGCUAUCAAUCACCACAACAACUUCCGCACCUUCCUCCAAGCGCUCAUGCUGCUGUUCAGGAGUGCAACUGGUGAAGCCUGGCAUGAGAUCAUGUUAUCAUGUUUGAGUCACCGAGCCUGUGACGAGCGAUCGGGGUCCCAUGGCAAAGAGUGCGGCAGUGAUUUUGCCUACUUCUACUUUGUCUCCUUUAUCUUCCUCUGCUCCUUCCUGAUGCUGAACCUGUUUGUGGCUGUCAUAAUGGAUAACUUUGAGUACUUAACAAGAGACUCCUCCAUCCUGGGGCCUCAUCACCUCGAUGAGUUCAUCCGGGUUUGGGCCGAGUACGACCCAGCUGCAUGUGGCCGUAUCAAGUACCUCGAUAUGUAUCAGAUGCUGCUCCACAUGUCCCCACCCUUAGGUUUGGGAAAGAAAUGUCCGCCAAGAGUCGCUUACAAGCGCCUUGUCAAAAUGAACAUGCCCAUCGCUGAUGACAACACCGUCCACUUCACCUCCACCCUGAUGGCCCUGAUUCGCACAGCUCUGGAGAUCAAACUGGCAUCAGGAAUGGUAGCCCAGCGAUUAUCUGAUGCAGAGUUAAAGAAGGAGUUGUCCACAGUGUGGCCCAGCCUCUCUCAAAAGACCAUGGACCUGCUGGUGACGCCACAUAAACCCAAUGAACUGACAGUAGGGAAGGUUUAUGCGGCCCUGAUGAUCUUCGACUACUAUAAGCAGAACCGAGCGAGGAGGCUGCAGAUGCAGCAGCAGCAGCAACAGAGUGCGUCAGGCUCCCAGUGCAAGGUCGGGGCUCUGUUUAAGCCAUUGCUGCCUCUGACUCACAUGCAGGAGAAAGAUCUGCCUAUGAUGUUAAACAGUGUGGAGCCUCCCAGCAUGCUUCAGCCCCAGCCCAAAUCCCAUGCCAAGUCUCAGCCACAGACCAGACCUAGCUCCAACUCCCUCACCAAUGGAGGCACGCUGCCAGGUCAUGAUCACAUCAAGGCGUCAUCUUCCUGGGUGAUGGAGAAACCCAAGGAGGCACCCCGAGCUAAGAAGAGAAACAUGUCCAGGGGCCCCUCAGAGGACACACCGGACACUGCUGUUAUUCAGGAGUCGGUGGAGAUGCGGAAGAUGGAGACCAGUGUCAGCAGUACAAUCCCAGCCCCAGGCUCAGGUCUGGAGAACCAGGGCAGAGCUGCUUCUAUGCCUCGACUCAAUGCUGAGCUGCAGUGGAGCAACUCACGCCACUCUCCAGGGAUCCAUCUAGCUUCUGUUCCUGACACCAGUCCAAUGAAGCGCUCAGCCUCCACUGCAGCCCCACAGCGCCCCCAAGAGGUCAACCUGAGGGACUACACCCUGGAGAAAUCCAGCCAGGACCGACCACACCACCAUCACCAUCACCACCGCUGCCACCACCGUAGAGAGAGAGAUAAAGACCGAGACAGAGAGAAAAGGCAGAGGUCUUUGGAUACACCUCUGGGUGGACAACCAGCCAGCUCUGCUGGUGCACCAGGAGAACCAGCAUCUGACCCAGCUGCAUCCAGAGAGCGAGCCCACGACCGUGGACGCUCCCAUGAAAGGAAACACCACCACUCCUCGGCCGACAAGCAGCGCUACUACUCUUGUGACCGCUACUGCAGCCGGGAGCACUGCCACACCAAAUCUGCCACCGCUAGCUGCGCUGCCUCACCCAGCGAGGUGCAGGAAACCAGCAACAAGCAGGGCAGUGGUUGGGUUAAAGGCAGCCCAGUGGCAUUGAGCUCCAGUUCUAGCACGCCAAGCCGCGGGCGUCGCCAGCUCCCCCAGACCCCCCUUACCCCGCGGCCUGGGGUGGCCUACAAGACUGCCAAUUCCUCCCCUGUGCACUUUGUGUCCAGCCAGGCCUCUCUGAGCCCCGGCCGGCUGAGCCGUGGCCUGUCGGAGCACAAUGCCCUCCGGCACAGCGGCUCCCGUCACUUCCCCUGCCCCGUCACUCGUAUCAGCUCUGAGCCCUUCUUGGGCCAGGGCCAUGACGAGGCCCUGGGUAGCCUGUACAGCAGCCUCCGGGACCAGCUGGACGUCUUCCAGGAUGCGGCGUCACUGACGCCCAGCCCCCAUGCCGGUCGUUCAUCUCGGACCGCACUGCCUCGCAUGAUGGGGGCCCUGCUUCCUGCUCCACAGCAGAACCUUGGGGUGCCCAAUGGAUACCACUUCAGCUUUGGGGGCAGCACCAGCCCAGGCUCUGGCGUUAGGGCACCCAGGUAUUACCAGGAGGCAGAGGAGGACGAAUGGUGCUAGCAUGGCUUUAAACCAACCUUUUUAAUGCAUUUUUGAGGAAUUGUGAUGAGUUUUAUCAUCUUCUUUAAAGUCUUUAGUUUACAUUGUCACUGUGUGCGUUUAAUGUUGUAUUUGAAUCCUAACUUGGAGAGCAAAGGUUUGAGAUCUCAACAUCUCAACAGCGAGAGAGCUGGAAGUGGGUUACAUUUGAAUGUGAACAAAAAGGCGUCAUCAUUAUCAAAGGGCAAGUAGCAUUCUGAAACAGGAGAGAUAUCAGAUCAGAUGUCUUAACGUAGCUUGGUUUGCUUAGACUUCAGCAUUGUGUUGGCACCACCAUACUGAUGCUCAAACAGCAGUAAUAAACAAAGAGUAUAUAUAAGGAUGAUAACACCUCCACACUUUGGAAGGCAGGGGAGGAUCCAAUUAAAAAUUUGGAUGCUGCUGUGUGGUAUUCUCCAGUCUAUAUUCCAGGGAAACCAUACUAAUCCUUUGCUGUUUUGCUUGAAGGUGAUUUGUUUUCCGAUAACUGAGCAGUAAAGUUCUAUUCACAUUAAAUUGGAUAGAAGUUGCAUUGCACAUGCUGCUUUGCUACAAACAGGAUUCUUCAGGGGGAGUGUGGGAAGCUAACUUUGUUGCUAAACCUAAAGUUUCAUUAAUUGGAGACAGAAGUAGACAGUAGCUCACGGUUUGGUGUGUGUUUGAGAGCCAGUAUGGUGGUUUCAACAGAAAGUGAUGGCACUGCAAGUCAUACAAAACAGGUCAAUAGUUUAGUGAAGUGAGUUUCAGAUGUUGGCAAACCUCAAAGACAUCAAGACACUGUAAAAACAGCUGUGUUGUUCUGUAGUUUAGGACUCUACCAUUCCAUGAUGAUGCCUAAUCCUUUAUGACAUUCCCUUUGUGUCAGUUGAACAGGUGAUGUGCUGUCACAUGGACAGUUAAACGUUUCUUGCAAACUUCAAGAGUGAAGCAGCGCAUGGUAGUGAAAAGUACGAGACUGACUGAUUUGUUUUCUAUAAAAAAUUUCCUUGUAGAUGUUCUCUUUUCAUUGUGUGCGUUUUUUGUAUGACAUGAAAAAAAAAAACAACAAAGUUUUGUUUUAUGUGAA